ACCGCCCACCAUCUACGGAACUUGCAAUGGAACAAAAUACACUACCUAUUUUCGUAGCUGUUAGCUUUUAGCCGAGACAUGACAUCGUUCAUUAUGAAACCUGUUCACCUCUGUUGUGUUUUAAGGACAAACAGACUGAUAAAUAAUAACUGGACAAGGAUACGUUUGCUUGCAGAAAGAAGGUAUGCUACUGAAGGAGACAACAGGUUACCCAAAAUAUACACCAAAACUGGGGACAAAGGUUUCUCAAGCACAUUUACAGGAGAAAGGAGACCAAAAGAAGAUACAAUCUUUGAAGCCUUGGGAAAUACAGAUGAACUGUCAUCAGCCAUAGGCAUGGCCAGAGAAUUCUGCCUUGACAAAGGUCACACAUUCACAUAUCAGCUUGACAAGAUACAGUGCGUUUUACAGGAUGUUGGCUCCAAUAUUGCCACUCCUCUAUCAUCUGCAAGAGAAAGUCACAUAAAGAAAACAAAAUUUACUGCUCAGCCUAUUACAGACCUGGAGACAUGGAUUGAUGACUUUACAAACGAACUUCCUCCACUGACUAACUUUAUUUUACCAUCAGGAGGAAAGAGUAGUGCAGCUUUACACUUAGCUCGUACAAUCUGUCGCAGAGCAGAGCGCAGUGUUGCUCCAAUUGUGCGCUCAGGGGAGGCAGAUGCUGAUGUUGCCAAGUUUUUGAACAGAUUGAGCGACUACCUGUUUACAUUGGCCCGAUACGCAACAAUGAAAGAAAGCAAUGAAGAGAAAAUCUACAAAAGGCCUGAAUGAGGAGGUUCAAGAAGGAAAUAUUGGGUUGCCACAGCGAAUCAUUGAUUUCCAUCUCUCCCUGUUCUCUGUAUCUUCUACUCUGACUCCAACUAUCUGCAUGUCCUCCCUCACUGCAUCCAUAUUUCUCCUCUUUGGUAAUAACUUAAAUAAUGACAAUAAUUAAAAAAAUAUUUUUUGGGU